AUGACUCGGCCAAUACCACGAACUCCACGUUCGCAAUGUUUAUCGAUAGAGAUAUACAGAAGAAUACAAGAAUCCAUACCUCACUUUCGUACCUUUCGGUUUGCAUUGAACUAA